AUGAAUUUACCUAGAACGACGCCAACAAACUCCCCGUCGACUUCGUCUUCGCGGGAUCAAGUUUCAAUGAGAGCAGCCCUGCAGUCAUGUCUUGAGUACCUCGACAGGAUAGACUGCGCUCACAGGGAAAUCCGCACCCGCUUCACGGAGCUUCUCGCCAACUGCCAGUCAGAAGUCACCAUGGAGGAUUCGGGCGCACGGGGUGGCGCCGCUGACAUCCGGGCGGAGGUUUGGCCUUGGGCCAUCACGCCAGAGCAAUUGAAAUUCUAUCGCCACCGUUCGGACCUAGAGAGAGAGUACCGUCCUUUAAGAUCUGUCAGGGUUGCUGGUACCCUGUCAGAGGGCGUAGAUCCUCUCGUUGGUCAACUUCCCCAACCAGUCAGACGCGACCAACAACGGUCCGUUACGGAGCUCCUCGCGAGAGACCAGGAGGAGAUCGCCAUGGGCACACGGGACAGUCCCACUGACCUCCAGGCAAUCGUCGAUGAUGGGCCUCAGACCAUCACACCAGAGUCAUUGGAAUUCCGCGAAUGGCUUUCGGUCCCAGAGUACGGUCCUUUAGGUUCUGUCGGGGCUACUAACGCCCUGCCAGAUGGUGGUGAUUCUCUCGUCGGUCAACUUCCUCAAGAUCCAUUGCUCUGCGACACCUCUAGUUCUGUCCGAUAUCAGUCCGGUGCGCAACCCUCCCUGCCCCAGUAUGGCGCGUACCCCGAGGCGCAGACCCUGCCUGAUCCCCCGGUCAGACGCGACCAACAACCGCUUCCUCAUAUCGUGCAGGGAAGCCACAACAAAGUCAGGUGCACCCAGCUCAGGUGCACAAAAGUUGUCAGAAAGGAUGGUCUCACUCGCCAUAUUAAUGAGGUGCAUCGGCGGAAGGUUAAGGCUGUUUGCGCCGGCUGUGGAAAGGCAUUCACGCGCCCGUAUAUGAAGAAGGACCAUAUCUGUUGA